UGAUAAUUGUCAAAAAAUUUUCUCAAAUUCGGUACAUUCCAACAUCGGGUAUGUAAAAAAAAAAUGAGUUAUGUUAUUUGUUGAAGAAAUAUGUUGUGGUUGUGCCAAAGGAAAGAAACAUAAUAAUUAAAUUUUUCGUACGGGUGUGUUGUUCCGCAUAUCUCUAAAAUCAAAUAUGUGAAUAUUAUAGGGAAAGUAGAUUAUGAUGUGCUCAUUUCUAUUCAAAAGUAAAAGUAUGAAUAUAAAUUUUUAAGUAAUACGUUGAAACAAUCAUAAAAAUUAAGUUUUUUCUAUUGAAAUAUAUAAAUAUAUAUACAUAUAUCUUUUUUAGCUGGGUAAAGUUUUGAUGUGAAAUGAAUAAUUUUGAACAGUCAUCGCUUUUUCCCUAUCAAUAUUUGACAUGUGGUAGAUGAAAUUCAAAGACGGCAAUAAUCACUGUAUAUUAAUAUAUUAAGAAAUAGAUUUGUUUCGGAGAAAUGUUUAAUCUGUUUAUAGUAAAAUUAGGCAAAUCAAAUAUUAUGUAAAUAUCAGGAGCUCAUCUUGGAAACUUGAUCACGUAAUGCUCAGAGAGAUAAAUCGAUGUUAGAAAUAUGAUUGAAUAAAUUUCUUCACACUAGUCCAAAAAUAUUUAGUUGAGGGAGGUAUGAUAGAUUAUGUAUUUUGAAUCAUCUACAGUUAAAUCCGACACAAUUUCGACAAUCCAUGAUGCAGCUGAAUAUGGAUUUUACGUAACGUAUUCACGACAUCUGAAGAAAAAUCUAAUGAAUCGUUACCCAGAACUCGAGGAUUAUUUCUUAUCACGUUUCGUUUACGCGGACGAAGAAAACUGGACUGAUCUUGUAGCUUACAACAAAAAUACCGUGGCUAUGAAAUCUUUGAUCAGUUCGAAGUAUAUCAAAGAAAAAUGUUUGGAUGAGAAAGGAAAACCUUUGAUACAUAUGCUCAAGGAACCCAUACAGAAAUCUAACUACCUUAUUUACUAUCAGCGGAAUCACCCCUUGUGGUCACGAUUUCCAUACUUCAUCAAUUUGCUGAGAGAUCACGGUUUCCUCCAAAUUAUCGAACUAAAAUAUGUUACUGGCGAUAAUAUUGUAGUGUCAGAAGUGGACGAUGCCAAAAAAUUGGGUUUAAGCCACGUGGAAGGACCCUUCUUGAUGUGGAUAUUGGGGCACGUAGCCGCCAUUAUAUUCUUCAUUUUUGAAAAGGUAUUUGGGAGAAAACUGUGCUGA